UUUUUUUUGUUUUUUUUGUUUUCUUUUUUUGCACACAAUUGUGUCUGUAGUGGGUCUUACAGAGAAUGUUUAUUUCAAUUACUCAUACUUUGCCUUUAUAAUUAAUUUAUAACGCGGGCAUUAAUUGAAAAGUUUAUGCCAAGGAUUUGACCGAUUUCAAGCUGAGCUUACUUAGAUUCUACAUCAUGCCUGUAAAUGCUUUUCAUUUCGUUUAUGCAAUUCUUUCAGAAACUGUUGACUCAAGUCAGAUGAUAAGAUGAUAACGCACUUCAAUUGAAACUAAGCUCUGUUGUCGAUGUAAUUACGUCACACAUUUUCUUUAAUUUGUACAGACUUAGCGAAAGAGUGAGUGAGUUUCGGGUCGUGGUCGCGUUAACAUUGUUUGUUUGUAGUUUGAAGUGUAAAACAAAAACAUUUUAUUAAAAAAAAUUAAAAAAUUUUAAAAUUUUAAUUUCAUUGAUUUCAAUCGCUUAUCAAUCACAAUCACACACAUACGAAAUGCAUAAAUUAAAUGCUAUUAAUUUAUUAAUAAUUCUUUUGACCACACAAUGUUUACAUCGCAUAGAAUCACGUAGUUGGGGUGUACCAAAUAUUUGCCUGCAACCUCCGCCCAGAUCUGAGGGCAUUUGCACUAUAGAAAUUGAAGGUUUCUAUUUUGAUCCGCAAAAGAAUAAUUGUGAAAAGUACACGGUAGGUGGCUGCCGUCUUACGGGCGGGCAAAGUUUCGGCUCUCAACAAGACUGCUUGGCUACUUGCGUUCAUGGUACUCGACGUCUACAAGAUAUCAGACAUGAUUAAAAAGUGAAUAUUAAUCUUGUAUUUUAGAAAAAUAUAUACGUUUGGUGUUUAUUUACAUUUUCAAAAUUUUUCCACUUAUUUUGUUUUUUUGUGUACUUAACACUGGAACAUUAGUUUCGUUAUUCCAUUUGUAAGCUUCGAGUUGCUUGUAUUGCAUUUAUUUCAACGCCUUCUAGCAUAGGUCCGCAAAAAAUUGCGAAACUCUUAUAUAAUCAUGUCGUUAGAAGAUUCUUACGACUCUCCCGCAGGAAUAAGUUAUGAAUAAGAAUAUUUGCUUGAAAGGGGAAAAGCAGAAAUAUCUUUCGGACGAAAAGUUUCGAAUUAAUUUAGUUUUUAGAAGUGGAAGGUCAAAAGAGAUUUGUCUUGAAAAUCAAAUAAAUUUCAAAGCUUUUUCAAUAUCGGAUAGAAUCAAGCCAGUGGGUGGGCGGAGCUCAAAUUUGUCUAUAAUACGUAAGAAUAAUUUAAAACAAAUAAAAACAUUAUAGUGGGUCGCGAGCCGACUCUACACUACCUUACGGUCGAUCGUAUAACGAUUUUUCAAAAUAAGGUAUUAUAUGGGAUGUGGUCGAAAUAGUGUUCCGGUCCGAACUAUUUUCAAGAGCGUGUGUCAUUAGGCCAAAGAACAUCAGUGUGCCAAAUUUUGUCAAUGUAUGUCAAGAAUUGGGACCUUUAGGUGGAAGCUAGACGGACAGACGGAAGGAAAGCUUAGCUCCUGUUCAUCCGAAGUCUUCCUCGACAUACAUAGGAGAAAAUUAAUAUAUAUCACAAGUGACGCAGACUAUAAAUAAUUUUCUUUAAAAUGCUGGGUGUUGAAGAUUCGUCUUAGGUCGCAUAUAAGUUUCUUCCUUGUUCUAUAAUAAUCUAACGAAAUAUUUAUGAAUUUUUAUGAAUUUUGCAAUUCAUCUGUUUUUGAAAACAAUAGUCAUGAACUUUUUUUUGUUUUUUUUUCUUUUCUUUUCAAAUAAGAUUGUGUCAGCCUUAUCACGUCAAUAUU